CCUUCUUAGUGUGGAUAUCUUAUCGGUCACUAAUGGGUAAAAUAGAAGAAAUUUCCGAGGAAGAAGCUAGAAAAAUUAGUGAAGAACAACUUGAAACAGUAAGUAGUGAUGAAGAUUGGGAAGAUGUAGAGACUUUUGAAGAAAAAUUUGAGGCUUUAAAGGAACUUAUCCCUUUUACUAUCAGGAAAACCUUUUCGGGAACAGCGGCUUGGUUUCUUUCUUCUACUGCGAUAUUUGUAGUUUUACCGGUUCUUUUUUUUGCUGAAGAGGAAAAUCAUUUUGAGGAACAAUUGCAGGAACAUAAAGAAAGACUUAAACGGCAACGAUCGUUAUUGCAUCCGGAUCUCUAUGAUCUUCCUAAGGUUGAUAUCCCGGCUCCUCAUUUUUAAAGCUAUAGAUUUUCUAUUUAUAAUUUUUAUCAAACAGUCAAUUUUUGUAGGUUUCUUAUGUUAUGGCACGAUAUUCUGAAAAAUAAAACUAUGA